AUGGUUAACAUGAAGCAUCAGUGUGGGCAUUCUGUUGACAGCUUUGGAUAUCUCCUGCAAUGCCCCGUGUCUAUCUCGAACAUGACCACCUCUUGCCAGUCUCCAUCGACGAACUGGAGCUUCGGAAUCCGGAUCUUGCGUAGCCCUUGCCCUGACUGCCUCGACAAGGGUGGCUGGCAGCAAAGUGCGCUGGGAAUUUGGCGACAGGUAACGCACAAAUCCCUCACCUCCCUCGAGCGUGAGAAGCGCAUCUACGAUAUCCUCAACCACCACCCCCACCCCAACACCCUGCAAACAAUCCUGCACUGCCCUGGCGGAAUUUUCAUGCCCCGGAUGUCCUGCAACCUCGACCAUAGGAUGAAAAACGACUCAAAUUCCAUCUCAGCACCCUUGCGCCUUCGCUGGGUAAAAGAGCUUGCCAGCGCAGCGGAACACUUAGAAAGCCACGGGUUGGUGCAUGGUGACAUUCUCCCCGCCAACACCCUCCUAGAUAAUAACUUGCAUAUCAAACCCGCCGACUUCGGCAGCCGCGUCAGCACAGGCGAAGCCUGUCUAGCCUUCAUCGUGCCGUGCCAUGAUGCCUUUGCGGAGAAAGCCAGCUACACCGCGGAACAAUUCACCAUCGGCUCAUUCAUGUACACCGUGUUCAUGGGCGUUGAACCAGAGUUUGAGAUUACUGGCAGGAAGCUGCGGGAUGAGAAGUUCCUGGAGACAAGCGGGAUACUUGGCGAGGAUAUCAUUGCGAGCUGCUGGCGGAAGGAGUAUGUGUCCAUCGCGACUUUGGCUGGGGAGAUUGAAGAGUUGGAGUUGGAGUUGGCGUUGGAUGAUGAGAGGGAUAGCGAUGGGUGCGAGAUGUGGUUUGUGGCUAGCUCGAAUAGUUCGCGUUCUGUGUAGAGGGUGAGUGGACAGGCUGAUGCGGAGGUACUUGAGGAGGGUAGAAUUGAGAAGCUGCAGGUUAUUUGCUGAGGCUUGUGCAGUUGUUUAAACACAGUAAUUGAUGUGAUUGAUUGUACUAUGCUGUUCGUGUAUCCUUCUUUCAUAUUGACUACUUUGUACGCGUUAUUAAGGCUGUUUUUUGCUGGGAGGGUUUGGCGAGUAACGAUAAAUAUGUUGGGCAUAGUCCUUCAAGCAAAC